AUGUAUCGUCUCUGCCUCGUCUACAUCCUGGUCAGUGUCCUGGCCUCUCACCCACUGGUCACCCAGGCCAGGAGGAUGAUGUUUGGCCAAUGUCCGGUGACCGCGAAUUUGGACCAGAUCCAUCACGCCUUCCUGGAGAUCAAGCAGGCCAUCCAAGCGGAAGAUGCAAGCGAUGAUGUCCGGCUUCUCACCAGAUCCCUCUUCCAAAGCAUUGAGACCCAGGAGAGUUGCUGCUUCCUGCGCCACAUGUUGAGGUUCUACGUGGAGACGGUCUUCAGACAUCACACCCCGUCCAGCCCGCUGAUGGAGAGGAGAACCAGCUGCCUGGCCAACUGCUUCCUCAGCAUCAAGAUCCUGCUCCGACAAUGUCUUUUCUUUGCCAUGCAGCACGAUGAGAUGAGGUGUCACUGUGCUGAGGAAACCAGGGAGAAGAUCAAACUCAUCCAAGACGCCUUCGAGAAGAUGGACUUAAACGCGGCGGCUGUUAAAGCGAUCGGUGAAAUCAAUAUUCUGAUCGAUUGGAUGCAGCAAGCCUAG